AAAAAAUAGUUAAAAAAAUAGUCUGAUUGGCAAGUCAUAACUGCAAGUCAUAAAUGCAUUUCAUUUUUUGCUUAUACUAAAUGAUUUUCUUAAAAUAAUGGGUAAAUAUUAUUGUGCGUUUACAAUUAUCUUUUUAGGUAACAACAUAUCAAGAAAUGAGGGAUCUUCUCAUGCCAGUGAUGCUCAAUGGAAGGAUUACUUGAAUGUAGAAAAUAUUCCUGCAGACAUUCUUGUCUCUAGUAUGGAAAACUUAUGUGAUGAGAAUGGCAACUUGUUCCACUACGUUCAAAUGAAACUUGAUGCCUUUGAGACCAAUACUUGCAAAACAUGGUUCAGUGUUGGAAGAGAGCUGAAGGUUAAGUCUGAUAUGUUAAACUUGAUGAAAGCUGAAAGAAGAAGUCAUACCGAAUGUCUACUUGAACAUUUAAAAACCUUAGCAAAGGAGCCUACAAUGAGGGAAUUUGUUCAAGCCCUCAAAAAUUGUGGAAGAAAUGAUAUCGCAAAAUACAUCUGCAAUUGGCCAUGGCCACAACAAAACAUUGAGUAAGAAUCUGUUUAAUACAUAUUUUGCAAUAGAAUGGAAUCCACGU